AUGCAAAUCAUGAAAAUAUUGGGCUCGGUUGCUCUGUUGGCAAUGGUCCAGCCAAUUGUUCAAGCAGCACUGUCUGAGGUAUCUGAAUGUCAAAGUUGUUAUACUUUACCAACAACUUCUAUUAGUAGCUGGACAGUUUAUUAUUCAGUUAUACAUGUUGAAUGGCAAACAAGUGAAUGGGUUACCACCUUUAGUGCUGAUAGAUCAGCAAUGACUAAUUCCUUAGUUCCUGGUAGUACAACCUUCUGUUUCCCUGACGCCUGUAAUUCUAAUCCUGAUCUAUAUGACUGUGAACCCGUCACUGCAACUUGGUGUUUAAGGAUCAACACAUGGGGUUGGCAUAGCUUUGAUGUUCGCCAAUUGAAAUGUUCCAGAAGUUUAUCUGCUCCUGCUCCUGCUGCGUGUGAAGAUACGACUUUCUCGAUCUCACACCUCGGGUAUGUACAAAGAUGUUUAGAAAUUACGUCAAGUUUAGUAUGUAAAACAUCAACCCCACCAGUGUUAGAAACCACCUCCUUCCCUGAAACUUCCAUCACUAUGGAAGCCACACAUCUUCCAGAACUCUCAACAGUUUCAAAGACGGGCUCUAAUCCAGAACCUACUCCUCUUCCAGACACUACCUCUAUUCCAAAUAGCGAAAUUAUCCCAACGUCAUCCCCUUCAAAAACGGCCCCUGUCCCAGAACCUCCAUCCACCGCUGAAACUUCAGCGAUUGUAGAACCAGACACUACCUCUAUUCCAGAUAGCGAAAUUAUUCCAACUUCAUCCCCUUCAGAAACGGCUCCUGUCCCAGAACCUCCAUCCACCGCUGAAACUUCAGCGAUUGUAGAACCAGACACUACCUCUAUUCCAGAUAGCGAAAUUAUUCCAACGUCAUCCCCUUCAGAAACGGCCUCUGUUCCAGAGCCAGCAAUCACCUCCGCUUCAAGUCAACAAAUAAUUCCAACUCCAUCAUCACGCCUUUCUGAAACUAUAUCUGCUCCAGAAACUCCAGCCGUCCCUGAAACUUUGACGAUUUCUACUCCAAUUUCGAUUCUACCAGGAACCACACUAGAUCCGGAACCAGGAGAUUCUUCCAUUCCUAUAACCAUCCCUGUUCUAAGCACCACUUCACUUUCUGAAAGUCAUCCUCUUUCAAAAGUCUCAACUUCACUAGGGUCAGAAUCGAUACCUGUCUCAGACACCAUUCCUGAUCUAGGCACUUCAACUAUUUCUGGGUCAAAACUUUCUUCAGCCGCAAAAACAAUCUCAGUUUCGGAACUAACAACUGCUAAUAUUAAGGAAAGUAGCUCUGCACGCACUAUGAAUGAACUAGUAACCUCUGAUGUUUCCAUCUCUACUACAUAUGUUGUUCCACCACCAACUACUGUAACGACCACUAAUGUCAUUACGACGGUUAAAACAUUGACGACAUGUGCGGGAGAGGAGCCAUGCGAACCAGCCACAACGACACUAGUAUUCACUUCUGUAAAGACCCAAGUUAUUUCUGAAUAUGUCACUGUUUCUUGUGCUGAACCAGAAUGUCUUGAACCUCAAACUUUUACUAUUACAUUGACUAUUGACUGUCCUGCUGCUGAAUGUACGCCAGCUCCAGGUUCGCCAGAAUCUCCAGCUGAUGUUGAUUUUGGUUCCGAAGGUUCUUCAGGUUCUCAAGGCUCUCAAGGCUCUGCUGAUGCUUCCGGUUCCCAAAAUGCUCAAGGUGCUCAAGGUGCUUUGGAUGCUCAAGGUGCUCAAGGUGCUCAAGGUGCUCAAGGUGCUCAAGGUGCUCAAGGUGCUCAAGGUGCUCAAGGUGCUCAAGGUGCUUCUGAUUCUCAAGGUGCUCAAGGUGCUCAAGGUACUCAAGGUGCUCAAGGUGCUUCUGAUUCUCAAGGUGCUCAAGGUGCAUCUAAUGCUGAAACCACCACCAUUCAACCAUAUCAUACUUUAGCUGCUGAAGAUGAGUAUCAUGAGUUACAAGCAUUUGAAGGUGCUGCUAAUAUGCUGGCUAAUAUCAAUCUAUGGCAUAUCUUAGGUAUCGUUCCAUUAUUCCUAUAA